UUUUGAUGACGGAGCAGUGAGUAGAAAUAUCACUUGGUUUAAGGAUAUACGAAGAACGGCCUUUCAUAUUGGCAGGCAGAGGCGAGAAAAAUUACUUUGUCGCAGGAGGAAAAAAAAAAAAAAGCUGCGCUUAUACAAAUUCAAAAAUGUGACCAGCGGUGCGCUGACCUCAGAUUCACCAUGCGAACCAUUGCCUGGAUUUCGAGCUUCAUUGCAGUUGCUUGCUCUGUACUGGCGCAAGAUUUGGACCCAUGUCAAACCAGAGACUCCAAAGGCAAUCUUUAUGACUUGUCUCCUCUUAAGAAAUCACAAGGAGAGAUGGAUUGGACCUUCUAUGACCCUGAUAGUAGUUUAGAAUACAGACUGAACAUAUGCGACGAAUUACAAGAUAAAUCAACCGGGUUGAUGCGACCCGAACGAGUAGGAGCCUUUACCAAAGAAAAAUCAGAAAGCAAAGGAUAUAACAUCGGGGAGUACAGCAACACGCCGUUCAUACGGGGCGACAAAUUGAUGAUAGAAUAUACCAACGGUCAGCAAUGUCCCCGCGAUGGUGACGUUAGGAGAUCUACGCUAGUAUCUUUCAUUUGCGAUCGAGGUGUUACCGACAUGGGCACGCCUAUUUUGAUAGCACAACCUAGGGAUUGUUAUUACUGGUUCGAGUGGCGUACGCCCGCCGCUUGUCCUGUACGCCAAGCGACACAAUCUGGUGGAGUGUGGACGACGAUAUGGACCAUUAUUUGGGUGGGGGUUUUCGGAUACCUGAUCGGAGGCAUUCUCUACAAUAGGUUUGCCAAGAAAGCAACAGGCAUGCAACAAAUUCCUCAUUACGAUUUUUGGUACCUCGUUUAUGACUGGGUAAAAGAUAUGACUUUAAUUCUUGGAGGUUACAUUUUCGGCUUCCUGCAGUCGGCAAGAUCUCGCACCAGCCUACGAGGUAACUCCUCUAGCAACCAGCAAUACCAUGGUCUUGGAAAUGAUGAAGAGCAUGCUUUUAUCGACGAUGAUGAUGAAGAGUAGCAAGUCCGACCCGAGAUUUUAGCCACCAAGUGGACAAUAAAAAAAAAGAUUUUUUUAUAGAAAAUCCACGUGCAGGGACCGACCUGAAUGAAUUUGGCGCUGUUAAUUUGUGCAACGAACCGCACUGAAGUCUCGCUAAGCUGUCUUUCCUUUAUUUCGUCUUCAAAUGCACCUAAGAUUGUCAAAGUCAUUGGUGC